AUUUCCACUUCACAGACAAACAAACUGAAGGUAUAUAAAGUCUGUGUUUCCAUCUCUGAGACAUCCUGUGACCAGAAACUGCUGCUGGAACAGACUCUUCAACUAACCAUCAAAACAAGAUGGCUGCCGGUCUUGUCUUCACUCUGCUUCUUGGUCUGAGCUUUGGACUCUGGGAUGGAGCUGAUGCCGUAUGUCAAGUGAGAGCUAACACACCACUUGACUGCCCUGCAGGCUGGACUUGGUACAACGGUCGCUGUUUUGUGUUUGUGAAAGACAUAAAGAGAUGGAUAAUGGCAGAGAAUACCUGCCUCUCAAUGGAUGGAAAUCUGGCCUCAAUGCACAGUAUGGAUCAGUACAACUUCAUCAGAGAGCUUAUCUACAAUGAAACUGGAAAACACACAUCAACUUGGGUUGGAGCUCAUGAUUCAGCACAGGAAGGCAUCUGGAUGUGGAGUGAUGGUUCCAAGUUUGUGUUUAAAGUCUGGGGUGAAAAUGAGCCAAACAAUAUCCGUGGAAUGGAACAUUGCCUGCAGAUCAACCACAAUGAAAGAAAUCAUACAUCUGAUGAAGCCUGUGCCAAGAAGCUUCCCUUCAUCUGUGCCAGACCCCUGUAACCUUCUCAUCCCUAAUAAUCUGCAAUGCCCAUAUGGCUUUCCUACUGGUGAUGUCACUUCCACCUGGAUGUUAAGCCUCGAUGACAUCACUGCUGGAAGAAUCUGAUUUCACUUCAUUUAAUCACUUAAAUGUUUUCUUUCUCUGAAUCUGAUUUAACAGGCUAAACGAGUCACUAACCGAGCAGCUAAUACCGUAGCUAGCAGAGCAGCUGUGAUGGAAAAAUUACAAUAAGGUCACAUCUGCUUGUUGUUAAUUCUUUAUCCUUGGUAUAAAACUCAUGUGUUAUCUCUGCCUGACAGAGCUUUUCAUCCAGACCUGCUUCAUUGCUGAUUGUCCUAUAAGCUCUCUGUAUUGUGCACAAUAUAUGAAUAAACUUGAUUCAGUGAUUUCACCUG